CGCAGAUAUUUUUGGUUUCGUUCUCUCAAGCAAGCGCUUUUUUAUCUCUCCCUCGACGACGAAAAUUAGGGUUCCUGAUCUUCAACUAUUGUUGCGACUUUUCAGAAUUUGUUGUACUUUGGAGUGGAUUGGCAAGCUUUUUAGUUGCAUUCGUGAAAGGGUCUCCGACUAUGCGAACUUCCUGGGCAGAUUUGGCCGCAAGUCCGGCUGCUGAGAACGUAGCUGCUGGUUCUUCUGCCAACAAUUGUAGUGCUGGAACUACUUCAGCACCUGGCCGAUCGGCCUAUGUUCCACCACAUCUUCGGAAUCGCCCUGCCUCUUCCGACCCGCCUGCUGCAGCAAAUAGUGGGCCUGCUGUGGGAAACGAUCGAUCUGGUCAUGUAGGGUCCCGCUGGCCUGGUCCAAAGAACGAUUAUAAUCGUUCUGGUUAUGGUGGUGGCAGUCGUGGAGGUGGAUGGGGAAGUAGAGGAGGUGGAUGGGAUCGUGGGAGGGGGGACCGUGAAAUGAACCCAUUUGAAGAUGAGGACGAUACGGAGCAAGCAUUUGGAGAGCAAGAAAAUACUGGUAUAAAUUUUGAUGCUUAUGAAGAUAUUCCUGUGGAAACAAGUGGUGAAAAUGUACCACCUCCGGUGAAUACAUUUGCUGAAAUUGACUUGGGUGAAGCACUUAAUCACAAUAUUCGGCGGUGUAAGUAUGUAAAACCAACUCCCGUCCAGAGGCAUGCUAUUCCUAUCUCCCUUGCAGGGAGAGACUUGAUGGCUUGUGCUCAGACUGGAUCCGGAAAGACUGCUGCCUUUUGUUUCCCCAUUAUCAGUGGCAUAAUGAAGGGCCAAAGUGUGCAGAGACCAGCUCGAGGUGCACGCACAGUGUACCCACUUGCACUUAUUCUCUCCCCAACUAGGGAGCUUUCAAUGCAAAUACAUGAAGAAGCAAGGAAAUUCUCUUAUCAAACAAGUGUUAGAGUGGUGGUUGCUUAUGGGGGUGCACCAAUCAACCAACAGCUACGUGAACUAGAAAGAGGUGUCGAUAUUCUUGUUGCAACACCGGGAAGAUUGGUAGAUUUGCUUGAAAGGGCAAAAGUUUCACUGCAGAUGAUAAGAUACUUGGCCCUUGAUGAAGCAGAUCGCAUGUUAGAUAUGGGAUUUGAGCCUCAAAUUAGGAAAAUAGUAGAGCAAAUGGACAUGCCUCCACCUGGUGUAAGGCAGACUAUGCUGUUCAGUGCGACUUUUCCAAGGGAAAUUCAGAGACUAGCCUCUGAUUUUCUUUCAAGUUACAUUUUUCUGGCUGUGGGAAGAGUGGGUUCAAGUACUGAUCUAAUUGCUCAAAGAGUUGAAUUUGUUCAUGAAUCUGAUAAGAGAAGUCAUUUAUUGGACCUUCUUCAUGCUCAAAGGGCUAAUGGUGUGCAAGGCAAGCAAUCUCUUACUUUGGUUUUUGUGGAGACAAAGAAGGGAGCUGAUGCUCUUGAAAAUUGGUUAUGUCAUAAUGGUUUUCCUGCCACUACUAUUCAUGGUGAUAGAACACAACAGGAAAGAGAACACGCAUUACGAUCCUUUAGAAGUGGGAACACACCAAUUUUGGUGGCAACUGAUGUAGCUGCCCGUGGGCUUGAUAUUCCUCAUGUUGCACAUGUAGUGAACUUCGAUCUCCCCAAUGACAUUGAUGAUUAUGUUCAUAGAAUUGGACGAACGGGGAGAGCUGGGAAGACUGGUGUAGCAACUGCCUUUUUUAACGAGAACAAUUCAUCCAUAGCAAGGUCCUUGGCUGAACUUAUGCAAGAAUCUAAUCAAGAAGUUCCUGAUUGGCUAUCACGAUUUGCAGCCAGGUCUUCGUACAGUGGAGGUAGAAACCGUCGUUCUGGGGGAGGCCGAUUUGGUAGCCGUGACUAUCGAAGGGAUUCCACUUUCAACAGAGGUGGUUCUGAUUAUCAUAGUGGAGGCAACACCAGUAGUGGUGGGGGUUAUGGUGGUGGUGUUCCCGGUGGAUAUGGAGGAUACGGUGGUUCAGGGGUGACUAGUGCAUGGGACUAACAUGUACGCUUUAAAAUUAUUUACAGUGUUUAGGUGAUGGGUAGAGGAACCCGUUUCUGCCUGAAUAGAGUAUUGUUUUUUUUUU